UUAAAAAGAGGGAAGAGGGGGUUUGAAUGGUCAAUAGAGGGGGACGUUAAAAAUCCAGCCUUUCUUGACUGCUCCCUUCACAGUUUCCCACCCGGCGCCGCGGAAAAAAAAAAGGAGCGAGGGAGUAGAAGAAAUCCAACCGGAUCGAUCUCCGUUUGAAUCCUGGUGGAAAGGAAAGGAGGAGAGGAGGUUCGAUUGCUCGCCAUCUUUGUCGCCGUUUCGUUGUUUUUUUCGUGAUUCAGCGGAUCGGAGCGGCGAUCUCAGGAGCCGUCGGCCGGAUCUCGUAAAUGAAUUGGUUCACUGUUACAAACUUGCUUCUGCAGCACAUUGAAUUUGGAUUCUUUUAGAUAUUUGUAACAGAUGGCUUCGGUAAGCGUGGUGCCUUCAUCAAGGAUGAAAAACACUAGUGGCACUAGUGUUGGUGUGGACAGAUUGCCAGAUGAGAUGAAUGAGAUGAAGAUAAGGGAUGACAAGGAGGUGGAAGCAACAGUUAUUGAUGGAAAUGGGACCGAAACUGGUCAUAUAAUUGUGACCACUAUUGGUGGAAGAAAUGGUCAGCCAAAACAGACUAUAAGCUACAUGGCCGAGCGUGUCGUAGGACAUGGAUCAUUUGGAAUUGUGUUUCAGGCGAAGUGUCUUGAGACAGGUGAAACAGUAGCAAUAAAGAAGGUUCUUCAAGACAAGAGGUACAAGAACCGUGAGCUGCAAACCAUGCGUCUUCUCGAUCAUCCAAAUGUGGUUUCCCUGAAGCAUUGCUUCUUUUCAACAACCGAGAAAGAUGAGCUGUAUCUUAAUUUGGUACUCGAAUAUGUGCCUGAGACUGUUCAUCGUGUUGUCAAACACUACAACAAGAUGAACCAACGUAUGCCACUAAUAUAUGUGAAGCUCUAUAUGUACCAGAUCUGCAGAGCAUUGGCUUAUAUUCAUGGUAGCAUUGGAGUGUGCCACAGAGAUAUUAAACCACAGAAUCUUCUGGUUAACCCGCAUACUCAUCAGCUGAAACUCUGUGACUUUGGUAGUGCAAAAGUUUUGGUGAAGGGAGAACCAAACAUAUCUUAUAUUUGUUCGAGAUACUAUAGAGCUCCUGAACUUAUAUUUGGUGCAACCGAGUACACCACAGCAAUCGACAUCUGGUCUGCUGGUUGUGUUCUUGCCGAACUCCUACUAGGACAGCCUCUCUUUCCUGGCGAUAGUGGAGUUGAUCAGCUUGUUGAAAUAAUCAAGGUCUUAGGUACCCCAACAAGGGAAGAAAUCAAAUGCAUGAACCCAAAUUAUACUGAGUUCAAAUUCCCGCAGAUUAAAGCUCACCCAUGGCACAAGAUCUUCCAUAAAAGAAUGCCACCUGAGGCUGUUGAUCUUGUGUCUAGGCUUCUCCAGUACUCCCCAAACCUGCGAUGCACUGCUCUGGAGGCAUUAAUUCAUCCAUUUUUUGAUGAGCUUCGUGAUCCAAAUACCCGCCUACCAAAUGGCCGUUAUCUACCCCCUCUAUUUAAUUUCAAGCCUCAUGAGUUGAAGGGUGUGCCUAUGGAGAUUUUACUGAAGUUGAUUCCAGAGCAUGUGAGAAAGCAAUGUGCCUUCCUAGGAUUCUGAGUUGGUUCUUAGGAUGAUUACCUGAGGAUAGCCUAUGUAUCUGCCGUAGGAAAGAAAUGCACAUCUUCUGGGAUGGCGAGUUGGUGGCAGUCGUGGUCAGAUGAUACUAUGUAGCUGUCUUCUGUGUUUUUCCCUCGCUGCCUUGUUCUGUGAAGCAGACUUGGUUUCCAUCAUCUCUCCAGCAGAUUUGUAACAUUAUAUAGAGUAGUAAGAUUGCUGUUUAGUUGAUUUGUUCUAAAUGUGGAUCCAAAUGCUGUUUCCAGGUUUCAAUAUGAUAUUGUCAUGUUAUAUCAGUUAGAGAAAACAUCAUUGCCUCUCUGCUGCUCGUGUCUUGCAUCAUUUAAAUCUCUAUUCUCAGAUUGAUUUGAUUAACUGGAUCAUGAGCCAGCAUUAUUGAA